UAUAUUUCCCCCACUUGAAUGUAAAGUUGAAUACUGACGAAUUUCAUGUGUGUCUAUCUCGAGAUUUGAGAGCGAGAAAGAAAACUUAACCUCAAAAGUUGUUCAUGUAGUUAAAACCAUAAACAAAUGCCCGUGAACGCACCGGGACGCCGCUCGAGUAAACCCCUCACGGUCGUCACAUGAUAAAAAUGAUCACUUUAUCGCAACGUUUGAAGAGACAACAAGAACAAAGUAAUGGUGUUAAUAAUAGGAUUUCAAUAAGAGACAAGCUGCUUACUAGAGAGGCCCAAGAAAUGGCUCAAUUACUUCCAAGUAACUGUUCAAUCACUUAUGAAAACGUCAAUGAUUUAAGCUCUUUCUUGCUAUUCGUGAAACCCACAGAGGGUUUUUGGCAGGACGGAUGCUUUAAAUUUUCUGUUAAAGUUACAGAGGAAUAUAAUAUGGUUCCACCAAUAGUCAAAUGUCUAACAAGACUGUGGCAUCCCAAUAUCAAUGAGACUGGAGAAGUCUGUCUAUCAUUAUUAAGACAACAUAGUGUAGAUGGUUUGGGUUGGUCACCUAUUCGAAGAUUAAAUGAUGUUGUAUGGGGUUUACAUGCUUUAUUCACUGAUUUAUUAAAUUUUGAUGACCCUUUAAAUAUAGAAGCAGCUGAUAUGUAUAGAACAAGUAAAGAAGAAUUUCAUAAAAAGGUUAGCGAAUAUGUUAAAUUAUAUGCGAAAGAAUAGCCCCAGAUCUUGGUGUUAGGAGGUUGUCCAGUUUGCCAGGGACUUUGUGUUCUUUAAAGCUGUUAUUUUUUGUAAUUCUAAUUAGAUAAUUAUUAAUAAUUUUAUUAUGUAAGUGAGAGUUGUUCUCUUGUGUAAAGAUACUUAAAAAAUUGUCUUAAAAAAAGAAAAAAUAAUGAUAGUACAAGUGAAGCAUGUAUUUUCACACUAAAUUUUUGCUAGGAAAUUUUUUUUGAAAUUGUGAAUGGUGUAAAUGAUAAUGUAGAAUCUUUAGCAUAGCCAAAUGGGUGCAGGCGGAAUUUGGGUAAUCUACUUUUUGUGUAUUUCGUUCGUCUUUUUUGUGGGAAUACCGCCUAUGCUAAAUACAAAUAUUUCUAUAUACGUAUAUAUUUGAAUAUAUAAAACAAAUUUUUAAAGCCUUUUAUUGUUAUGCGAUACUUCGAAGCAUUAAAAAAACAUUCAACUA